AUGAAUAGAGUAUCGAUUGAAUACCCAUUUGAAGAGGAUGGUCAGCUGAUAAAAUGUACAGUGUCAAAGGGUUCGCGAGUCGAUGGUGGCGAUACUCUUGCAGUGUUUCAACUCGCAGGUCAAUUGAAAGAGAAGCGUCUCCAUUCAAUCUAUGAUGGUACCAUCGCAAAUGUACUAGCUGUAACAUCAAAGAUGUAUCACAAAGGUGAUGCAUUGUUUCAAGUUGAUCAUUGUACACAUGAUAUUCAGUUCAAUCGAUUGUGUACAGUAUGUGGACGAGACCUUGAUCGUGGCAAGACAUCAAAUACAAUGGCUAUAUUGCAUGGACAGUCUAAUCUGACGGUCAGUCGACAUGUGGCACAGAAGCUAGAGAAUGAGAAUGCAAAGCGUUUGAUAGCCAAUCGCAAGUUGUCAUUGGUUCUCGACAUUGAUCAUACAAUCAUACAUGCAAUAAUGGAGCAGCACUUCCUUGAAGUACCAUUCUGGCGCAAUAUCGACAAGGAGAAGGAGGACAUCCACACCAUCACAUUGGGCAACAUGAGAUACUACAUUAAGAUAAGGCCACACUUGUAUCACUUCCUCAAGCGAGUCAACGAACUGUUUGAAUUGCAUAUUUAUACAAUGGGAACAAAGAACUAUGCACAUGAGAUUGCUCAAUUGAUUGAUCCAAAGCAGCAACUGUUCAAAGAGAGGAUCUUGUCUAGAGAUGAUACCAGCGAGUUAAGCUUCAAGUCACUCAGUCGUCUAUUUCCUUGCGAUGACUCAAUGGUCCUGAUCGUGGACGACCGCUCAGACGUGUGGAAGAGGUCGAGAAACCUCGUCCAGAUAUCUCCAUGUAAGGACAGGACAUCAUACUUCGCCGGCGAACCAAUAUAUACUGACUCCAACCUGUUAGACCUAUACUUUGUAGGAUGCAAGGACAUGGUAAACCUGUUGCCAGCAGAGACACAGUCACCUCAUCAGACGGCCACAACACAACCUCCUCCUGCCAGUGAUGGUGCUAGCACUGUUGCCACUACAUCAUCAUCAGGGACUGAGGCAGAGAGUAAUAAUACCAAGACAGAUACGUCAAUGACCACUAAUGACACAGCAACAACAACAAUAGCGACACCAACGAUCACAACUGAGACUACCACAACGACGACAACAACGACUACAUCACUGGCAACCACUGACACUACAACGGACAAACCAAUUGAUCAAACAAACCCUUCGAAUGGACAAGUAAUCAAUGAUACAAACAACAAUAACAACAACAACAACAACAAUAACAAUGGAGGCGAUAUAAAGUAUGAUGUGAAGAAGGAUAAUCACUUGAAGACUGUAUUGGAGAAACUGGAAGAAGUUCACAAGUUAUACUUUGAAAGUCUUGACAAUGGAAACAAGCAACAUGUCGCAGACAUACUUGCAAGUGUAAGAAAGAAGAUAUUCAAAGGAGUGUAUAUAGUAUUCAGUGGAGUGUAUCCCCAGAAGUGUCCACUUCACAAACAACCAUUGAGGCACAUGGCAGAGGAGCUUGGAGCGGUAGUUGAGGAGGAUAUCACACGAUCAACAACACAUGUUAUUGCAGCGAGAAAAGGUACAACCAAGGUUAAUAUCGCCUUGUCAAAGGGACUGAGAGUGGUCUCGCAGGAAUGGUUGGAACAAUCAAACUUGCACUGGAUGAAGAUGAAGGAAAGGGACUUUCCAGUUGUCGAUCAACCACUCCCAAACCAACAAUCGCCCGUCCAGCCAACAAUACUGGACACAAUUAUAACGACAACUAAUCUGGAGACAUUGCAAAAGACACUGGAGGAUGCAGACAAGGAGCUGGAGGACUUUCUAGAUGGGGACGUGGACUCCCUGUCGUCAGGUUCCGACAGCAGUAAGAGUAGUCAAAGCGAUAAUGAAGAGGAGAAUGGUGAUGGUGAUGGUGACGAUGAAGAGAAUGGUGGAGAGAACAACAACGGAAAUGAUGAUGAUCUUCAUAACCCAGACGAAGAGGGUUUGGAUCAAACGACUGGAUCGAAACGAAAGAGAACAACAGAACAAGACGAACAUUUAUCCUUGUCAGACAAUGGCAAGAAGCCACUGGAAGUCAAGCAUGUCAAACUUGGCAAUCAAGAAGAAGAGGAUGAGGAACAUUUAGACGAUGAUCUGUUAGAGUUUUCGAACCUCUUGGAGAACUCAUUCGAAGACGAAAUACAAUAA